GGUUCAACCCCAAAACCGUGCUCCUACUGACGCUGAUCAUCUCAAUGAACAACAAAAUCUCCGUUGAUAAUCAUACGUUCAAAGUACAGGAGCCGAUGCCCUCCCUAGGAAGCACCUCCUGCUGCUGACCUGCUGACCCGCAGAUGAAGAUGAAACGCACCAACAAGCUCGACGUCAUCAACGCGACCGUCGAGUCCUACCUGAAGCGUCGCCGCUACCAGGAUCUGGAUAUUUUUAAAAAACCUGAAAAAGCCAAUUGUCGGAGUAGCGAAGAAAUGACGCUAAGCGUAACAGCCGAGUGCGGCACGUCUAGGGACAAUUCCAUAGUUUUUAGCGCAAUUUCAAACGACAUCACUGCGUUGGAUCAAGCUUAUCAGAAGUUGAGACAGUGUAUUGCUGGAUUGUCGGAUGAAAAAACAAAAGUGGAACUAAAAAACAUUCUAUUCCCAGUGUUUUGUCAUCUAUAUUUGGAAAUUCUACACGCUGGGAAUAGACUAGCAGCUGGUCAAUUUUUGAAAAAUUAUCAAGCAGAUUUUACGUUGGAUAAGGAGCGAGAUUUUUUAGAAGAGCUUUCCACUGUUUUUUCCAUACAGGACAUCGAAUUGCGUCCCUACAUUAAGAAUUUCAGGUCGCGAAAAUACAAAGUCAAUCUAUCUGAUGAGGCGCACAUAGUUCUUCAAAAAUUUCUCUCGAAACACGGCCAUGUCGUUCUAAUGCAGGUGAUAAACACGAACAUAACGGUAAUUAAAAGCGUGUCCGAUUUGUAUUCGGUAAUAGAUGAAAGCGAAGAAGAGAAUGAGAAAAAGGCCGAUGUCACGAUCAAUGGUCACGUAGAGCAGCCUGGCGGGACCAGUGUUGAUCGGGAUAUGCGUGAACUUCAAGAAGCCAUUCGAUCGAUACAGAACAGUGCCCAUCAGCCUCUUCGGAUAUUCACUAUAAAUAACGCUAUUGAAAAUGCGAGCGCUGGUAUAAUUACACCAAGCAUGGAUAAAAUGGCUGUGGGCUUUAGUACAUCGGAAAUUAGGCUCUGGGGGAUCGGUGAUACAGUACUUUUAAGGCCUAACGUGAGGAUUCCUAGUAUUCCCCUUGCCUGCGAUCCUGUGUCUAGUGUCGAAUACUUAGAUGAUGGCGAUAUAGAUGAAGCAGGAGCUAUUAUACUCAGAGGUCAUUCCGACGUUGUUCAUGACAUGAGAUUUAUUCCUGAGCCCGAAGUCCUGCUUUCAGUGUCCAGUGAUAAAGACAUGAGAGCUUGGAGACUCGAGGAUUAUACUUGCGCAGCUGUCUACAGCGGCCAUAAUUAUCCGAUUUGGUGUAUGGACACUAGUGUAUUUAAUUUGUACAUAGCGACUGGCUCUCACGACAGAACAGCUAAACUUUGGACGUUAGAUAGAACGUUUCCACUUAGGAUAUAUGCUGGUCAUUUUAUGGAUGUUAACUGCGUGAGAUUUCAUCCAAACACGAAUUAUUUGGCGACGGGUUCUGCUGACAAAACUGUUAGGCUUUGGAACAAAGACGAUGGAAAUUUGCUUAGAGUUUACACUGGUGCUCGAUCGUCGAUUUAUAGUCUUGCCUUUAGUCCUGAUGGAAAAUACUUGGCUUCUUCUGGUGAUGAUAAGAGCAUAUCCAUAUGGGACUUGGCGACAAAUGAAGUUUUAACGGAAUUAAAGGGUCACCAAGACUCUGUUAUGAGCUUAGAUUGGAGCUCAGAUGGUGAAUAUUUGGCUAGUGCUAGUAUAGACGGUACAGUGCAUCUAUGGUCAACCCAAGACUACAUUAAGAAGGGGAAUCCUGGCUCAUCGAAUCUUACUUCAAUCGCCAAUCCACAAACAUUUGCGACGAACUGUUCAAGUAUUCUAUCUUUGCGAUACUACAACAAAAACAAUUCUCUUGUUUGUAUUGGUACUGCAGUGUAACCGUAGUUUUGAAUAUCGAGAAGAAAUUCGUUAACAAAAAAAACGUGAGUCUUCUCAUUGAUUCCGCAAUUUUAUCGGAAUUAUGGUAUCGAUUAGUAUUUUUACCAUAAACUGCAGCAUGUAGCAUAUAGUGUUGUAAAUAAAAGUGAGUUAAGUGUGCAUGUGGAGAUAAACAUAGUGCAGAAAAUAUUAAGGAAGCUUUCCCUUCACGUAUGUAAGUAACGUAAAUAAAUUUUAAUGAAAUUUAAGUUACUGUUUAUAACAGAAGUAUUUCUCAGCAGGCACUUAAUUUAAAAAUAAACCUGUUUGCAUGUUUGUCGCUGUUUGAUAUUAAAAGUAGUUUUUAAAAAAAUUUUCCAAAAACUCUUGACUG